UGCCGCCGCCCCCCGCGCCGCCCGGCUAGGGCGAUGCGGGCGCCCCCGGCGCGCGGCCCCCGCGGGCACCAUGAGCCCCCUGCUCCGCCGCCUGCUGCUCGCCCUGCUCCUGCAGCUGGCCCUCGCCCAGGCCCCCAUCUCCCAGCCUGAUGCCCCUGGUCACCAGAAGAAAGUAGUGUCAUGGAUAGACGUGUAUGCUCGUGCCACCUGCCAGCCGCGGGAGGUGGUGGUGCCCCUGAACAUGGAGCUCGUGGGCACUGUGGCCAAGCAACUGGUGCCCAGCUGUGUGACGGUGCAGCGCUGCGGCGGCUGCUGCCAUGACGAUGGCCUGGAGUGCGUGCCCACUGGGCAGCACCAAGUCCGAAUGCAGAUCCUCAUGAUCCGGUACCCAAGCAGUCAGCUGGGGGAGAUGUCCCUGGAAGAACACAGCCAGUGUGAAUGCAGACCAAAAAAACGAGAGAGUGCUGUGAAGCCAGACAGGGCUUCCACUCCCCACCACCGUCCCCAGCCCCGCUCUGUUCCGGGCUGGGACCCUGCCCCUGGAGCACCCUCCCCAGCUGACAUCACCCAUCCCACUCCAGCCCCAGGCCCCUCUGCCCACGCUGCCCCCAGCGCCGCCAGCGCCCUGACCCCCGGACCUGCCGCUGCCGCUGCCGACGCCGCAGCUUCCUCCGUUGUCAAGGGCGGGGCUUAGAGCUUAACCCAGACACCUGCAGGUGCCGGAAGCUGCGAAGGUGACAAACUGCUUUUCAGACUCAGUGGGGCCCCUAGCCUCACAGCCCUUCCCCCCGGGGGGCAGGAGGGCAGCCUGGUGAGAACCGUCCAGUCCCCAAGACCUCAGCCUGGGCAGAAGCUCCUCUGGGACCUGGGCCUCUCGGAGGGCCUUCCAGCUGCCCCUUGUCUCUCCAAGGCUGCCGUCCAACAAGGUGGACAGAGUUGGACGAGGAGACCUGGAGGCAGCAAGAGGGGUCACGUACCAACCUGGAAGAGAAUGGGGUCCCGACUCAGUUUUCAACCACCUCGUACAAGUGAGCAUCUAACAGCUGGCUCCUCUGUCCCCUCACUAAGAAGACCCCGAUCCUCUACAAAAAUGUGGGAGUUGGGCUUCAGUGCAGGAACUGUGACCCCCAGUCCUGAUAAAAGAGAUGGAAGGAACUGUC